AAUGCUCGAAGAUAAGUUUAUGUUUCAAUGAAAAAACAACAUAAUUCCACAGAUUGAAAAUUAUUAAACAUGUUAAUCGGAAGCCGCCAUUUUGUUUAAAAUGACAAACGCUAGACCGGAUGAUAUGUAAAAUCAACACACAAAGCUCCCUCGUCAUGCAUUGGCAGGCAACGGCACUUAUAUCGCUGAUAACCGUUUUAUCAGUGGCAGGGCAAAUAAUCCCUUAUCAGAACAUUAUUCGUUGCCGAGCGUGUAAUAAUGCCGUGACUCUUGAUGACUGUAGCACGCUGACUGUUUGCGACAAUAGGACAGAGAUGUGCUAUAUGGAGGAGAUAAUCACUGCAUCAUUUACAAUCCUGUACCGCGGUGGAUGCAGGGCAAGACAGCACUGUAAUCCUUCAACUCAAUCGAUUGGUCGGCGGAAUUCGCUUGAGCUAACAUCAUGUUCAGAAUGCUGUAGCCUUAACAACGACUGUAAUCAUCGACUGUGUGGAAUCCGAUCAAGUUUGGUAAACGUCAGUCAGUGCUACCACUGUGAUUCGAGUGCUGCUGGGUCAACACAAAGCGAUGUGAUGAAUCCUGAAGACUGUGUAACCCUCACUACAUGUGACGCCAACGAGGUAUGUCAGGCUGAGACUCAUUACCGGCCCGGUUUGUCAUUGACCUUCAGAUACGGCUGUCAGAAUAUAAACAUGUGCAAGCUACUGAUGAAGCGAGCUUUCGAACAUCUUCAAGAGUGUGACGGACGUGAGGGCACUGAGGGGUGCCAGUUCCAGAGCACUUGCUAUGCCUGUUGUGCAGACGGUGGAUGUAACUAUAGUGAUUGUAGUUCACUGCAAAAACGGUUAUACCAACUCUACAAGAAUCAACUAUUUUCUCUGGAUACUCUGAGUACGCGCUCUUCUGGCUAACUAGAUGACCAUUAUGUUGUGUCAACUUUCUCAGUGACAAUAAAUUGACGAUUGGAA